AUGGAUGGGCCAAACCACACCGCAGUGAGCCAUUUCGUCUUCCUGGGGCUAACUGACAACAGAGGACUGGAGCCGAUAUUCUUUGUAGCCUUUGCCAUCGUUUACUUGCUCAUUCUAACUGGAAACCUCCUCCUCAUUGUGACGGUGGCUGCCGACCGUGGCCUUCAUACCCCCAUGUACUUCUUCUUGGGCAACCUCUCGUUCAUCGACGUCUGCCACUCCUCGGUCACCGUGCCCAAGAUGCUCCUGGACUUCCUUUCCAUUCAGAAGACCAUCAGUUAUGGCGGUUGUGUAGCCCAGCUCUUCUUCUUGCACCUCUGUGCCUGUGCUGAGAUCUUUCUCCUCACCGUCAUGGCCUACGACCGCUACGUGGCCAUCUGCCACCCACUACAAUACCUGUCCCUCAUGACCCUCAAGGUCUGCACCUGCUUGGUGGGGGCCCUGUGGGUCGGAGCGAUGAUCCACUCCCUUGUGCAGACUAUGCUCACCAUCCGUCUUCCAUACUGUGGCCCAAACACCAUCGACAGCUUUUUCUGCGACGUCCCCACAGUGAUCAGACUGGCCUGCACUGAGACCUACUGGACUGGGGUUCUCGUGGUGUCCAACAGUGGCAUGAUCUCCUUGGUCUGCUUCUUGGCCUUGGUGGCUUCUUAUGUGGUCAUCCUGGUGUCACUGAGGACGCGGUCAGCUGAGGGGCGGCGCAAAGCCCUCUCCACCUGUGCUUCCCACCUGCUCGUUGUAGCUUUGUUUCUGGGGCCUUGCAUCUUCAUCUACACCCGCCCUGCUGGUAGCUUCUCGAUGGACAAAAUGGUGGCCGUCUUCUACACAGCGGUGACCCCAGGGCUCAACCCAAUAAUCUAUGCCCUGAGGAAUGAAGAGGUGAAGAACUCCAUGAGGAAAUGGAUUUCAAAGUGA